ACUUAUAUAAAAUAUGUGUGAGUCUAUACACAUAUAAUAAAUUUGAAGGGCCGUGUUGUGUUGUCCGCCUGUUUCUUCCUCGUAGCUCGAGCCUUCACUCUCUCUCUCACCUUUCUCUCUCACACACACACACACGCAGCAGUUGCAUUUGUGUACUAUUUUGAUUUUUGAUACUUCCCACCUAUCACCUUCACCUUUUCCCCUGCAAACCUCUGCUCUGCUCAUAACCCUCACCCAAUCCCCUCAAAUGCUCAAAUUCUCCACCAAUUCUCACUCUUAACCCCCAUUUCCCAACCACAAUGAAACGAAAUCACACCGCCGUCACCGCCGCCACCUCCGCCGCCGGCAGUUCCUCCGCCACCGCCGCUGACGUCACCGAAAAAGGCAAGAACAACAACAUGUGGAAUGAAGAAGAUGCCGGCGUUGAUGAGCUGUUGGCGGUGCUAGGUUACAAAGUGAAAUCAGCUGAUAUGGUUGAUGUUGCUCAAAAAAUUGAGCACCUGGAAGGUGUUUUUGGUAAUGAUGAUGGAUUAUCUCAGAUUGCUUCUGAUUCUGUGCAUUAUAAUCCUUCUGAUUUGCACUCCUGGCUUGAAUCUAUGAUCUGUGAGCUUAAUCCUUCACCUGAACCUGUUAUCAUUGAUGAUUCGUUUGUUAAUGAUUCUGAUCUACAAGCUAUGAUUUAUCCUCCGGCGAAGAAAGUUAAACCUAAUUGCAGUUCUUCGUCUUCAUCUUCAACCAUUACCGGUUCUGCAAACCCUAACCCUAGCAUCCAGAACAACAACAGCAACAAUCAGGUGGUGAUUGUGGACUCACAGGAGAACGGAAUUCGAUUAGUGCACACGUUAAUGGCGUGUGCUGAAGCCAUACAACAGGAGAAUUAUCAGUUAGCUGAAAGUCUAGUGAAACAAGCUGGACUGUUAGCGGUUUCUCAAGCCGGAGCGAUGAGGAAAGUCGCCACGUGUUUCGCCGAAGCUCUAGCGCGAAAAAUCUACCGGUUAUCACCGCAACCGCCGCACGAUCCACCGGCGUUUUCAGAUCUACUCCAGAUGCACUUCUACGAGACCUGUCCGUACCUUAAAUUCGCUCAUUUCACAGCGAAUCAAGCGAUUUUGGAAGCGUUUGCAGGUAAGAAGAAAGUUCAUGUGAUUGAUUUCGGUAUGAAACAAGGUAUGCAGUGGCCGGCGUUGAUGCAGGCGCUCGCGUUACGUCCCGGUGGUCCUCCGACGUUCCGGUUAACCGGAAUCGGACCUCCGUCAGGUGAUAAUACUGAUUAUUUGCAGGAAGUCGGUUGGAAAUUAGCUCAGUUAGCUGAUACGAUUCAUGUUGAGUUUGAAUUUAGAGGUUUCAUCGCCGGAAGUUUAGCAGAUCUGGAACCUUCUAUGUUCGAUCUACGAAACGACGAAGUUUUGGCGGUUAAUUCGGUUUUUGAACUUCAUCAGUUGUUAGCUAGACCUGGUGCUAUUGAUAAAGUGUUAUCGGCGGUGAAACAAAUGUCGCCGGAGAUUCUCACGGUGGUGGAGCAGGAGGCGAAUCACAAUGGAACGAGUUUUCUGGAACGGUUUACUGAGUCGUUACAUUAUUAUUCCACUUUGUUUGACUCGCUUGAAAGCAGCGGUGGCGGCGAUGGUGGUGUUGGCGGUGGUGCCGCAGUUAACGGCGGAGUUGACGUUGGAGUUAACGGCGGUGGUGUAUCGCCGGUGAGCAGUGAGGAUAGGUUUAUGUCAGAGGUGUAUUUGGGGAAACAGAUCUGUAACGUGGUUGCAUGUGAAGGUGUGGACCGAGUUGAAAGGCAUGAAACGUUGACUCAGUGGAAGACUCGGCUUGACUCGGCCGGGUUUGAAGCGGUUCAUCUUGGCUCGAACGCGUUUAAGCAAGCGAGUAUGUUGUUGGCUUUGUUCGCGGGUGGUGAUGGUUACCGAGUGGUGGAAGAGGAUGGGUGUUUGAUGCUCGGGUGGCAUACUCGUCCGCUCAUAACCACCUCGGCUUGGAAAAUUCGGUGAACUCGGAAGAAACCAACUCGAGUAUCGACUCGGUGGGUUCGGAGUCAAACCACCGAGUUGACUCAGUGGUGGUGGUGGAUUAACUCGGUACAUCAAAAGAGUUUUUAAGGAAAUAAGGAAAAAUUGGAGAUAGCUGAUGGCCCACAUUAUGAUUUUUCUUUUUAGUUUUUGAUUAAAGUGGUUUUUUACUUUCUGAAAUUGAGGGUUUAAAUUGGUAAUUAGUUGAAGUUAGAGGGGGUGGAUUGGAAUUUGUACUUUCUAUGAGUGGAUUGGGUGGAGAUUAUCUUCAUUCAGUCUCACCCUUAAUAAUAAAAAAAAAAGUUUGCUGUUU